AUGUCGAGAAGAGAAUUACACGAAAUAGGCCUGAAAUUCGGCAGCGUCACUAACCCACCCCAUGGCUACGGUACACAAUAUAUCCAACGAGGUACAAAAAUCGCUUCUUGGAAAACUGACUGUAAGAUGACUCCUGGAGUCCAGAAGCCUUUGUGUGUCAUCUCCAGCGAGUUACACGCUCCCGAAGCCGCAUCUCAUCACAACCGGCUUCCCAAAGAGGGCGCACGAUACUGA